AUGGCCGAGGUGGAGCCCCAGGGCCGCCUGUGGCUGGAGAGCCCCCCUGGGAGUGCGCCCCCCAUCUUCCUGCCCUCGGACGGGCAAGCCCUGGUCCUCGGCCGGGGACCCUUGACCCGGGUUACCGACCGGAAGUGCUCCAGAAACCAAGUGGAGCUGGUCGCAGACCCUGGGACUAAGACCGUGGCAGUGAAACAGCUGGGAAUUAACCCCUCAACUGCUGGGACCCAGGAGCUGAGUCCGGGGGCAGAAGGCUCUCUGAGGGUGGGGGACACACUGUAUUUGGUCAACGGCCUCCACCCGCUAACCCUGCGCUGGGAAGAGGCCCGCACGUCUGAAUCCCAGCAAGACACUCCACCCGGCACCCCUCCGGUGGCUCCAGACGCUUCAGGGGACAUUGAACCACCGAAGAAGAAGCGGAUGCGGAAGUCAUCCUCCGGCUGGGAGAAUUUUGAGAAGCUGCUAGUGUUUACAGCACCUGGGGUGAAGCCCCGGGGCAAGGUGGCCGCCUUUGAUCUGGAUGGGACCCUCAUCACCACCCGCUCUGGGAAGGUCUUUCCCACUGGCCCCAGUGACUGGAGGAUCUUGUACCUAGAGAUUCCCCGUAAGCUCCGGGAACUGGAUGCGGAAGGCUACAAGGCCAACGAGGGCGUGCCCAUCUCCGUAGGGGACAGUGUCUUUGUGGGAGACGCAGCCGGACGCCCAGCCAACUGGGCCCCGGGGCGGAAGAAGAAAGACUUCUCUUGUGCGGACCGUCUGUUUGCCCUCAACCUUGGCUUGCCCUUCGCCACACCGGAGGAGUUCUUCCUGAAGUGGCCCGUCGCCAGCUUUGUGCUCCCCACCUUUGACCCGAGAACCGUCUCCCCCUCGGGGCCGCUCUACCUCCCUGAGGCCAGCUCCCUCUUGAGUCACAGCCCUGAAGUGGUGGUCGCCGUGGGAUUUCCUGGGGCUGGCAAGACCACCUUCCUGCAGGAGCAUCUCGUGUCGGCUGGCUACGUCCACGUGAACCGGGUCUCCGUGCCGCCUCGCAAGGCCUCCCCGCCCCUGUCCUGGUGA